AUCUUGUUACAAAGAUAGACAUGUCCCAACAUAUAUUAGCCUCAUAACACAUAUUAUACUCAGAUCAAAGUCAAAGAUAAUUUCUCCGUCUUCAUCUAAUUCACUUGCAAUAUAGUAUGAAUUAAUGAUGACAAUAUUGAAAUUUCUUAUUGCAUUUAUUACCACAUUGUCAUUGAUAUUGAGGUGCGAUAUUUGGGUUCGUGCUUCCGAAGACAUGUGGCCAUCAGGAAGUUACAGCCUUCCAAAACCAAUAUCAGGAUGUCCAAAUUCGUGGAAAGAAGGAUGGUUACGUCAACAUCUUGACGAACAUUCCGAAGCAAUGCAGAGUUCAUUUUCUUCAAAUUUUCAUAUGAAUGCUACUCUAGUCCGGAAUGUAUUUCUUGAGAGAGAAUUUUGCACUAAAAUCUCUGCAAAUCCUGAUUCGCAAGAAAACAUUCCAUGGCCAAAAGGUUUCUACUGUGUAUACAGAAAACAAGACUCGUGUCCAGAUGGCAUGGCGAAUGGAACGAUGGCCUCGUUUGACGAAGAUCAAAAUAUUGAAAAUGACACGAAAGGCUUUACACCCGAUUAUUAUCCGGUCUUUUAUUAUACAUCAUUAUUCUACUGUUGUCAAAAUAGAGGGAAAUGGUAUAACUCUAUUCAAUUGCCAACUGAAAAGCCAUUCUAUCUUUUGCCUUAUGGAUCACGAAACUGCCAACGUGUACUAGGGGCUGUUAGCUCUUUGGAAUACAUCGUUUUUGACACUAAAGAUCAAUCAUUAUUUUUUUGGGGGCAUCGUGUGUUUACUGAAGGAAACACGAGUCUGCCGAAAAUAUUCUACUGCUAUUAUGAAGGUUGUCAACACAAGUUACACAGUAAUCAAGGAUCGUUUGCAUCUUCAAAUUAUUUCAACCGUGCAUAUCCAGAUUUUCAGCUCUGUUUCUGGUCAAUUACAGUCAACGGGUCUCUUCGAAUUUCACUGAGAUUUCCAACCCUCCACGUUCCUGAUUGUAAUAAUAAUUAUUUGGAUAUUUAUGAUGGAAUGGAUCAGGCCAAUGGAUCAGCACGUUUAUUAAGAUAUUGUGGCGAAAAUGCCACUUCAGGAACCAGAUUGACUUCGAAGACAAAUCAAUUGUUCAUUACCUUUAAAUCUGGGAACAACACCGUUAGUAGCGAAACAGACUCGUCAAAAGCUCUAGGAUUCUAUGCGGAGUAUAAAGCCUUUGCACCAACAGCGACAAUUAAUAAUACCGUCGAUGGCGGUAGAAAGGAAUUACAAAACAGCAGCAGUGGAAACACGGUUAUAUAUGUAUCGGUGAUUCUGCCGAGUAUUGCAAUCCUCGUAAUACUGGGAGUCUUAGCGGCGGUGUUUUAUCGGAGAAGGUGUAAACUGAAAUUGGAUGUUAUUGCUAACCGAUCUGCUGGGCGAAUAGAAAAUAUGCAGACUGCACCUACCUCAAAAAGUUAUACGAGUUCUACAUCAUCAGCUGGACGCCGCGUUACCUCCAAAUCAAACAUAAACCCAAUUUAUGAGUCCAACGUGAAUUCAUUGUAUGAACUGGAACCUGGGACAAUCGAGAUACGCAACGCAACAGAAAAUAUUCUCUAUGAAUCUGGCAAUGAAACAGGUUGUGCAGUCUACGAGUCCGCUGGAAAUGAAAUAUUCGAGGCUAAUCCUAUAUAUCAAGGGAUUGAUGGUGAUAGUGAUGUUGAUUUAACGUAUUCGGAACCAAUAAAGUAG